AUGGGGGGCAAAACCGCAAACAAGGCCGGCUACUUUGACAAGCUCAAGGGCUUGCUCCAGGAGUACCACUCGGCCUUCAUCGUCGACGUUGACAAUGUCAGCUCUCAGCAGAUGCACGAGAUCAGGCAAUCCCUCCGUGGCGAGGCGGUUGUCCUGAUGGGCAAGAACACCAUGGUUCGCCGAGCUCUGAGGACCUUCAUUCCCGAUGCCCCCGAGUACGAGCGUCUCCUCCCCUUCGUCAAGGGCAACAUCGGCUUCGUCUUCACCAACAGCGAGCUCAAGGCCAUCCGCGACAAGAUUCUGGCCAACAAGGUUGCCGCUCCUGCCCGUGCCGGUGCCUUCGCCCCCGCCGACGUGUACGUCCCUGCUGGCAACACCGGCAUGGAGCCCGGCAAGACCUCCUUCUUCCAGGCCCUCGGUGUCCCCACCAAGAUUGCCCGUGGUACUAUUGAAAUCACCACGGACCUGAAGCUCGUCGAGGCUGGUGGCAAGGUCGGCGCCUCCGAGGCCACCCUGCUCAACAUGCUUAACAUCUCGCCCUUCACCUACGGCAUGGGCAUCACCCAGGUCUACGACCACGGCAACACCUUUCCCCCGAGCGUGUUGGACAUCACCGAGGAACAGCUCCUGGGGACCCUGACCCAGGCUAUUACGACCAUUGCCUCCCUGUCGUUGGCCCUCAACUUCCCCACCCUGCCCUCCGUGAUCCACUCCGUCUUCAACGGCUACAAGAAGGUCCUGGCCAUCGCCGUCGAGACCGACUACAGCUGGCCCGCGAUCGAGGAGCUCAAGGACCGCAUCGCCAACCCCGAUUCCUACGCCGCUGCCGCUCCGGCUGCCGGAGAGUCGGCUGGCGGCGCGGGCGAGGAGAAGGCCGAGGAGAAGGCCGAGGAGAAGGAGGACGAGGAGUCCGAGGACGAUGGUGGCUUCGGUGGUCUCUUCGAUUAA